AAACGCAACUCCUGUGCAGACUAACGAACACAGGUCCAAGUCGACGACCUCCCGCUAGAGUCGCCUUCGCCAGAACCGGGCGUAAUGAUACAUUACAUCUCCUGCCCGCCAUCCGACCCAGCCAAGUCUAAGGGGACCAUCCUGCUCAUCCACGGCUUUCCUCAGACGUCCUAUCAGUUCCGUCGUGUCAUCACUCCCAUAUCGGACGCUGGCUACCACGUCGUAGUGCCGGACUACCGUGGCGCGGGUGAGAGCAGCAAACCAUGGACCGGCUACACCAAAGACAUCAUGGCCCGGGACCUCUACCGUCUUGUAACGGACCACCUGAGCAUCAAAGAUCCGAUCCAUGUUGUUGGCCACGAUAUCGGAGGCAUGGUAGCCCACGCGUAUGCCGUCCUCUUCCCCGACUCAACCGCCAGCGUCUGCUGGGGCGAAUGUCCGCUGCCCGGGUCGCAACCUUACCACGAGGUCAAAAGCACCAUGCCAUUCUUCCACUUCACCUUUCACUGCGUGCCAGAUCUCCCAGAACUGCUGGUCCAAGGUAAGGAGCGGAUCUACCUCAAGCAUUUCUACGAUCGGCACGGCCAGAACCCUAGCGCAAUUAGCACGCACGAUCUGGACGUCUAUGCUACAGCUUAUGCAAUGCCCGGGUCAAUGCGUGGCGGGAUGAACACGUACCGUGCGUUUGAGGCGGACGGCGAGAUGAACAACAAGUGGGUGAAGGAGAAGGGGAAGUGUAAGGUCAGAUGCCUGAAUCUGUGGGGCGCGCAGAGCUUCAGCGACGAGAAGACAGCCAUGACGAUGGCGGAGCCGUAUUACGAGGAGGUCGGCUUUGAGAUGGUGACAGGGGCUGGGCAUUGGAUCGCGGAAGAGAGGCCGGCUGAGUUCGUGGAGAAGGUGUUGAAGUGGGUUGAAAGUAAGUGAGAUCCAGUUGCGCAACUCUGCUCGGAUGGAAUGAGACGUCGAGGGUGAUCAUUGAACCAUAUUUCAGCGAUCCUUGUCAGUUCCAUGUGAAGCAUCAGUUCAUUUUUGCAGUGUCAAGCUCCUGCUCAUGGGUCAUCUGUCGAUGUCAGAUGCGCAAGUGGUAGGCAUGAAC